AUGGAUGGGAGAAGUGUUCGGAAUGAAGACGAUACUGAGACAAGAUUGUGUCAACCUCCAAAGCGACAAAAGACUGUCCACUAUGACAGGUCAUCCACCCAACGGCACGAUCAAUAUACCAUUGCCUGGAUCUGUGCGUUGUACAUAGAGAUGGCAGCAGCUCGGGCCAUGCUAGAUGAGGUCCAUGAAGCUCUACCCAGGCAUGUAGAGGACAGCAACGCCUAUGUACUGGGAAGCAUCAAGCAACACAAUCUCGUCAUUGCGUGCUUGCCAGCAGCCCAAUAUGGAACGAACAACGCGGCGAACGUCAUGACGAAUAUGAACCGAACCUUCCCCGCUAUCCGCGUGGGCUUGCUGGUCGGGAUUGGUGGCGGCGUGCCGAGCAAGGCUGAUGUGCGCUUAGGUGAUGUUGUUGUUGGAACAAGGGUGAUGCAAUAUGAUCUUGGGAAAGUCGUUGGCCAUGGAGAGCUCCGACGAACGGCGAUCCCUAGGAUUCCUCACCAUUCGCUUGGGACAGCUGUUUCCGCCCUCCGUUCGAGACAUGAGCUGAACCCCAGUCGAGUCCCAUCCAUCCUACGGCUGAAGCUUGGAGGGCACCCUGAAUACGGUCGCCCAAGCUCCCCGGACCGACUGUUCCACGCGACAUAUGAGCAUGAAUCUACAACGGCCAGUUGCGAUGGGUGUGACCAGUUGAAGCUGGUUCCACGAAGCAGACGGAUGUCGGACAAUAUAAUGAUUCAUUACGGCGCGAUCGCUUCAGGGAACCAAGUCAUGAGAAGCAGCACUACCCGGGAUAACAUUGCUCGAGAAUUGGAUGUCAUAUGUUUUGAAAUGGAGGCUGCUGGUCUGAUGGACAUACUCCCUUGUCUCCCAAUUCGGGGAAUAUGUGAUUACUCAGAUUCUCACAAGAGCAAGGAAUGGCAGAGGUAUGCUGCAGCAACCGCGGCCGCGUACGCCAGGGAAUUACUCGAGGACCUACCGGUGGCCAAAGGGCAUGCAAAGACUCCCAGUAUGCCAAAUCCUCAUGAACGUUCAUUGCACGAACACCGGCAGCGUUUGCUGGGUUCCCUCGGGUUCAAGCAAAUGGAUUCUCGGAAAUUAACUGUCAGAACCGCCCUCGCCAAAACAUGCCAAUGGUUUCUCAGCCACCCUGACUACAAAGCAUGGCUUAAUCCUGAAAACCUAACGCAACAUCAUGGCUUUCUGUGGAUCAGUGGCAAGCCUGGCGCGGGCAAGUCGACAAUCAUGAAAUUCGCAUACUCGCGUAUGAAGAGCAAAUUCCACAACAAGCAUGCUAUCACUGCUUCCUUUUUCUUCAACGCUCGAGGCGAACGUCUGGAAAAGUCGAUCUCAGGGAUGUACCGAUCAUUGCUGCUCCAGCUGCUUGAAGGGUACCCUGAUCUCCAGGCGGUUUUAGAUGAUCCUGAUAUUAAUUCUCAGAGUCAGAAUGGAUGCCCUUCCUUGGACGUUCUUAAGGACCUCUUUCGCAGCGCAGUUUCCGCCCUCGGUCAACGCUCCUUUACGUGCUUCGUGGAUGCUCUCGAUGAGUGUGACGAACAACAAGUGGUGGACAUGGUUCAAUACUUUGAAGAGCUGGCAGAACAAUGCACGAAUAAAGGUGUCCUACUCCGGAUCUGUUUCUCUAGUCGACAUUAUCCCUACAUAGCUAUUCAAAGGGGGGUCCGACUUACACUGGAGGACCAGUCAGGUCAUGGCGAAGACCUGGCAACCUACGUCGCUAGCCGCCUCCAAAUCGAAGAUCCUGUACUUCUCGAAGACCUGCAAAAUCAACUUCUCAGGAAAGCUGCGGGUGUUUUUAUGUGGGUUGUGCUAGUCGUUAGUAUCUUGAACAAGGAAUAUCGGCAUAAUGGGCUGGCUUUGAGAAAGCGACUCGCGGAAAUACCUGGUGAUUUGAGCGAGCUGUUCAAGGACAUCCUGAGACGCGACAAGGAGAAUAUGGCGGGUCUCCGUCUUUGCAUCCUUUGGAUUCUCCUUGCAAAACGGCCAUUGCAACCGCAGGAGUUCUACCAUGCUCUCUGGUCUGGAUUGGCGCUAGAAGACCAGGCUGAUGAGCAAAUCCCUGAUGUCGGCGUCCCAGGUGCCUCAGACAGCCUCAACAGAUUUAACAGAUGUGUUAUCAGCAACUCAAAAGGACUUGCUGAGGUCACAAAAUCUGAGCAGCCAACUGUUCAAUUCAUUCAUGAAUCCGUCCGAGACUUCCUCGUCAAAGAAAGGGGACUACAUGAAUUGUGGCCUGAGCUUGGAUUUGAUUGGGAGAGCUCAAGCCAUGAGACUCUCAAGAAAUGUUGCGACUCAUACUUGAAUCAUACCUCAGUGCGUGCGUCUGUGAGUAAGGUGCUGUCACACAGACAUGAGCUGCAAUCAGGCAUUUCAAAUGAGUACCCGUUUUUGGGGUAUGCCAGUCAGCAUGUUCUCUAUCACGCCAACGCUGCGGCCGGAGCAGUUCCUCAAGACGAGUUCUUAUCUUCCUUUCCCGUAUCCCACUGGAUCAACGUCAACAAUCUUUUCGAAAAGUUCAAAAUUCGUGGAUACAGCUCAGAUGCGAGCCUCUUCUACAUUCUCGCGGACAAAGGAUUCCCGGAGCUCAUCCGCACGAGACUCAGAAAGGAUCCGCAUAUUCAUGUUUCCGGAGAGAGAUACGGAUACCCGCUGUUUGCCGCUUUGGCCAACGGUAACAAAGACGUUGUUGCUGCUGUUCUGAAAGCGCCGCCAAGUGCGUGCAGUGAAGUUGAUACAGAUGGUCUGAACUACAGGAAAGACUUGAAACAAUACGCAAAACGAACACCACUAUCCUGGGCUGCGCAGGAGGGUCGAAUAAGCAUUAUCCAGCUGCUUCUCCAAACAGAGACAUCUGUUGAUGACAUGGAUGCGAUGGGCAGAACACCACUUUCACGGGCCUCAGAGAACGGGCAUGAGGCUGUGGCAGAGCUGCUUAUCAGCAAUGGAGCAGAUGUCAAUGCUGCCAGUUAUGGAAGGACCCCACUCUUCCACGCCGUAGAGGAAGGCCAUGGGGAGGUAGCAGAGCUGCUCAUUAACAAGGGAGCAUAUGUUAAUGCUGGCAAACAUUAUAGUUGGACCCCGCUCUACUGCGCCAUACAGAAGGGUUAUCAGAAGGUAGCAAAGCUACUUAUUACCAUGGGAGCAGAUAUCAAUGGCUGUGAUGAUGAUGGAUCGACUCCACUAUCACAUGCCUCAUCACGUGGCUAUAAGGAGGUAGCAAAGCUGCUUAUUGACAAGGGAGCAGAUAUCAAUGCGAGUGCUAAGAAUGGGCAGACUCCACUAUUACAAGCCUCAAUACAUGGCCAUGAGGAGGUAGCAAAGCUACUUAUUGACAUGGGAGCAGACGUCAAUGUCUGUGAUAAAGAUGGAUGGACUCCACUAUCAUAUGCCUCAGUAUAUGGCCAAGCGGAGGUAGCAAAGCUGCUUAUUAAUAAGGGAGCAGAUAUCAAUGUCCGUGAUAAGGAUGGACAGCCUCCACUAUCACGCGCUACAUUGAAUGACCAUGAGGUGGUAGCAAAGCUACUUAUAGACAUGGGAGCAGAUGUCAAUGUCUGUGAUAAUAAUGGAUGGACUCCACUAUCACACGCCUUAUCAAAUGGCCGUGAGGUGGUAGCAAAGCAGCUUAUUGCUAAAGGUGCAGAUGUUGAUUGCAACACCUAUAACGGACUGAAUGGGAUACUUUCCUUAACAGCUCCGGGAGUACAAAAACGUCGUCGAUCUGAAACUCCUGAUGGGGUCAGCUCUGAGCCGGAAGCAGACCCAGAGGAUUAUGCCAGAAAGCGAACUCAUUAUGAGAGUGACUAUGUUCCAAGUUUCCCCUCUGUGGGCCCGCACAGUUGA